AUGUAUUUAACAACCUUAGAUUCAUUAGAACUUACAUCAGAAUCUGAAACGUCAGAAGAAGAGGAUGCUUUGCAUAUCGAAUUUAUUCAACCAAGAAUAAAUGGAGCAGUUUCUUUAGAUCUUUCUCAUGUUGAAAAUAACAACACCAGCAAUAUUGUAGUAACUGGUGGUAAUAUAGCUGAAUUGCAACCACUGCAAAAUCGUUUUUGUAAGACCAAUCAAUCUAAUAAUGAUAAUGGUAAUAGCAAUAUUUUUAUAUGGGAUGACAUUCCUAGACAACAAAGAGAAUUUCCAUUUGCUGCAAUCAAUAAAGUGAAUAAAGUUCCUGAGAAGCAUGAUUGUCCACUUGCAGUACUGAAGACAUUUUUAACAGAUGAUAUUAUCAACAAUAUUGUCCAAUACACAAAUAGGUAUGUUCAGCUUGCUAAAUUAACUCCAGAAAUAAUCCAAAAAAUGGAAACAAAAAAAAGAAGUUGCUUCAACUUAUGGGUUGAUUUGACAUUUGAUGAACUUUGGAUAUACAUUGCAAUAAUAUCUCUAAUGGGAAUAGUAAACAAGCCUAAUUUUCAUAUGUUUUGGACUAAAGACCAUAUAUUUUCUACACCUAUUUUUUCCAGACUCAUGCGUCGUGAUCGAUUUGAGUCUAUUCGUAAAAUGAUGCAUUUUACAUAUCCUGGAAAUAAAAAUCAUGAUGAUAGUUUGUGUAAGCUUAGGUCUUUGAUAGAUAGUUUAUCAAAAUGUUUUUCUGAAAAUUACACUCCUGAGCAAAAUGUCUCAGUAGAUGAGUAUCUUUCCCUUUGGAAAGGUCGUUUGAAGUUCCGCGUUUUUAUCCCAACUAAGCGUGAACGCUACGGAAUCAAAUUAUACAUGUGUUGUGAAAGUAAGAUUGGUUAUUUGUAUCGCUUUAUAAUAUAUACUGGUUCAGAUAUAGACUAUCCUGCACCUAGUAACAUUACAUUUCCAAAAGCAUUUGAUGAGUAUGCAAGUUACUCAAAAGUAGUAUUGUCAUUAAUAGAUGGACUGGAAAAACAAGGUUACUGUGUAACGAUAGGUAAUUUAUACACUUCACCUGAACUUUUGACGGCCUUAUUUUAUAACCAAACUGAUUGUUUUGGCACACUGCGUCGAAAAAAAGGACUUCCUGGGACUUCUGGAAUUGGAAGCCUUCUAAAUGCAUAG